AUGCCUUCUACUGGUGUUACUACUCGUAAAGGUUCUACUCCAGCUACUAGCAAAUCUCCAAAAGACAGUCAAAAGGAUAGCCAGAAGGGAAUUCUUUCCUCUGAGUCCUCUCCAAAACGUACGCAGGAAAAUUCCAUGCAAAUAACAAUGGAUUCAAUUCAAACACAGCUGACCGAGAUUAACAACGAACUCAAAAAGACAAUAAAGGUUAGUGAUAUUCAAACAGUCGUGAGAAGUGUUGUAGAAGAAUUAUUUAGUAGUUACCAAGAAAAGUUUGAGAAGAAAUUGAACGAUGAAGUCGUAAAACUCAGAGAAGAGAAUGAGAAACUACAAGAAAACAAAGAUUUGCAGAAAGAAAUUAGGGAACACGAAGAAGUAUUAAACGACUUGCUUAACAAAACGGAAGAAAACGAAUGGAUGACAAGGUUAGCAAUUUCAAAAGCAAAUUUCAAUGAACAAUAUUCGAGGAAGAAUAAUUUAAAAAUUCAUGGUUUGCCAGAGAAGAAAGGGGAAGAACCCUUACAGGUUGUGAAUGAAGUGCUCGAGGAAGUGGGCGAACAGAUUAAAGAAGAUGACGUUCUAGCAAUCCAUAGGAUUCCAGGAAAGAAAGACCAACAUCGGCCAAUUAUAGUAGUGGAGGGCGCUCAUAUAGAUCCCGAUUCAAAUUUCGCGCCAAUGACGUCAUCAAACUUUUGA